CUGCGGUAACUCCAACAUCGUCAGAAUUCUCAUCUCUCACCCUGACUGCGACAUCUUUGCGCUGAACUGCGACAACGAGCUAGCCUGUGAUGUUUGCGAGAACAAGGACUGCGAGAUGCUGAUUCGCGCUCGCAUGAACGAGCUGAUGGACGGCGAAGUCUCCGGCUCGGGGUCUUCGCUGUUCUCGGGCGGCGGCGACGACGACGAGUCGGCGUCGGAGAGUGAAACGCUGAAGGACUUUCGGCAGAUUGAGCUGAAGACCAUUGAGCGGGACAUUGCCGCCUGGAUAGAGGCGAAUGAGCUGACGCCACUGGACAUCAAGGCGGAGUUUGAGCGCACCCGGGACCCGCUGUCGGGGGCGACCAUUCUGCACGUGUGCGCCGCCAAGGGCUACAAUGAGGUGCUGGUGAAGCUGCUGACGGCCUUUGAGAGUCGCAUCGAACUGGACUCGUUUCGCGACUGCGACGGCUACACCGCCCUCCACGCGGCCGCCUUCUGGAAGCAGCCGGAGACCUUUGAGACGCUGCUCAAGUUUGGCGCCAACCCCGAAUUGCUGACGGCAAAGACCAGCGAGAACAUCAUCGCCAGCUCGGUGCUGGAGCUCUGCAAGAACGACCCAAAGUUUGUGCAGAUGAUUGAGAUUAACAAGGAGAAGGAGAAGAUCGCCAAGGAGUCGGAGACGCAGCGGAAGAUCUUCGCCAAGCGACAGAGGGAGAUUCGCCGCUCCACGCAGGGCGUCAAGAAGGAGGACCUGGAGAAGGCGCUGAAGAUUAUGGAGAUUUCACAAAACUCCACCUCAUCUGAACAAGACUUUAAUAGUAUUAUGAUGCAAGUAAAUGCCACCAGUCAGGCGGCAAAUGAGGCAAACACAUCAUUAACUACUGAAGCAGUCACCACCACCACCACCACCUCCAACGCCAGCAAUGCGAUCGCUGCGACAGCAACCACCGGUGGUACACCUGCCGCCGAAGCAGAGCGAGAGAGCUCACUGGGGAGCAGCACAGCUGAAACAGCCACCAGUGACAGCGGCAGCACCACCAGUACGUGGACGAUAAAGCUGCCACCGAAGCUCAGUCUGAACCGAGCAGAAGGUCAGAUUGAAAUUGAACAGCAGCCAUCGCCAGCAGUGACGAUCAACAACGACGCAGCAGCACCACCCAGAAUUGGCGGAAACGCUGAGCAGCAGCACCUGAGGAAAUCUAACAGCACCGAACAGCAGCAACCUUCAACGCCCGACACACCACCCUCAGUUACGAUGACCAUCAGCUCGACGACGCCGGCGGAGUUUGCCAAGCGGCGGCGCAUCAAGCGCCGGGCCACCGGAAUCGAGGACUCGGAGAGUGGCCUGAUCCUCUCGCCCGAGACGAUGGCUGACUCGGUGAAUCCAUUUGAGUCGACAAUGUCGAACAGCAAUAGCAAUAGCAACAGCAGUGGCACUUCUGCAGCAGCCACUGCCGCCGCCGCCACCGAAUCCGUCGAUGCUGCCUUUGAUGUCAUUCUAAGCGCACCUUCCACGCAGACGAGGACGUCGAGAUUAGCAUCAAGUCGACCAACAACAGCCAACAACAACACCUCUUCCUCUGCAGUAUCCAACGCCUCCUCGACGACGUCGCUAAACUCUGGUCGGCACUACGACUCUGACUUUGACCGAGGGCAGUCUUCCUCGCGGGCUUCCUCCAUUCACUCUGUUGACUCGGUGGAGAAUGACUCGCUGCUGAAGAACUCUAGGGGACAAUAUAGCAAUAGCAACAACAACAACAAUGGCAGUCUGGAGACGGGCUACGGCAACAGCAGUGCAAUCAACAGCAGCAAGAACAGUCGAAGUGGCUCAACGACGUCUCUGGCGUCGGACAGUGAACUGCGGCAUGCUGCGACCACCGCCAACAGCACCACCGACUCCGGUGAGGUGGACUACAAGAAGCUGUGCAAGCAGUUGCUGCGCGAAAACGAAGUCCUCCGGCGGAGAAUACGAGAGCUCGAGGAGGCGGAGAAGCGGCGUGAGCAGGAGGUGAGCAGGGAGAAGCGCGCACUGCAGCGGACAAUCAGCGAACAGGAAGAGGAGCUCAAGUCGCUCGGUGACGUCAAGGCGGACAAUGUCCGGCUCAAGGACGAAAACGGCGCCCUCAUUCGCGUCAUCUCCAAGCUGUCCAAGUGA